AAUUUGGUACGAUACUUGAAUCAGCCACGAGUCUGUUUUCGUUAUGUUCAUUUCUUUCUUCACCAUCCACUCACCACCCUCCGCUCUUCGUUCACAUACCUACACAUACUCAAGGCACGCUCAGCAUAACAUACCAGAGACAUCUAUAACUCACCACGGCCAUCUCUCAAACAGAGGUUCGCUGCGCGCGAUCUGAAGAGUUUGAACUUCUUUCAAGUGCAUCCUUGCUUUUCCUAUAACGUUCAUUAUCAAGAUUGCGGUAUUGAGGCAUCCAGGUACUCACCUUCCAUCGCUUUCCUAUCCUUGAAACUCAUAUCCAAGCUCUAAAUGUUGAAGGCGCGAUAUCCGGAUGUCAUGCGAGCAGACCUCGACACAAUUCUUCACGAAGAUGAUGACGAAGAUGACUCGCUCUUUGGAUCGCCUCCGCCUUCGCCAGGUAGAGGCAGAUCCCCGUCUCCGCUAGCUCUUCCUAGCGGUAGCGGUUCAAAAUGUGCACAAAACGUGGGGACCCUUGCACUUCCUGGUUCCCAUCUUUUUUCUGAACUGCCAUCAGCUCAUAUGCCAGCGCUUGCGGUGACAGCACCUUCAGACGUGGUGCAGCAGAGACAGCAGCAACUGUUGGCUGCUCCUCCAGUUUGGGCUGAGCGUCGUCCUUCCACACAGUCCAGUGUUAAUGGGUCAAGGUCAAGUUCGGGAGUAAAUACGCCUACACCGGCUGCGCCUCGUGUGACAAAACCACCUCGCAAGUCGAAAAAGACACGAGCUGACUCGACACCGCGCCCUACACCACCAAUUACCCUUCCCGACCCUUCGGAGCCUCCGCCGUCCAACUUCCUACGGAAUCAACAAGCGCUUCUAGGACUCGCAGGGUUGGUGAGUGGCGUGAAACCUGCGAAUCUCGCUUUGAAGCGGCACACUCAAGGUUCCACGCCGAAUAACCCCAUUGUUGUUGAGGACGAAGAUGAUGGGCCCACCAUCGGUCGGCAUCCUCCUGCCAGUGCUUCUGGUAUACCCUCUGUCAAUCUGCCUACACCGCCGAGCGACGCUAUUCUACAAACACUUAUCAACCAGAAGAACAUCUUCCCCGUCGUUGAUGCCCUGCUUCGUUUGGCUUCUCGAGGGUCCGAGGCUCAGCAGCUCUACCCACAGCAGUAUUCCGCUUUCUACCGACCACCACCUGGUACGACUCCAGAUGGUACUCCCACAACACCCACAACUGGUCCUCCACCGAUCAAACGACGCAAGCUGUCAUCCGUACCAGCCGGCGCGGCCGACUGGGAUGUCCCAUACCCAUUCGCCGCCGGCCAAGGUCCAGCGGACUAUCGUACGAAUUGGGAACGGCAGCGCGGGAAACAGUUACUUGGGGAUCUGGUCGGGUUAGUGAAGAGCGCAGCUCGGAAAGCUGCUGCCAAAAAUUACUAUCAGUCCUUGACCAUGCAACAGCAACAAAUGCUAUGGGAGCAAAAAUACGGGACGCAGCAGGGUCCAAAGGUGUUUAGACACUAUCGGCCGGAGACAAUGCAUUAUGGUUUACCACCGGGACAGGUACCUCAGGUCUCGCAGCAUUAUAUGGGUGGAUACUUUCAACCUCCAGCAGCAGCAACACCCCCACCGAUGGCUUCGCUAGUCGAUCCCAGUAAAGCUGCUCCUUCAACGUCGAACGGGACACCUCCGCAAGGGUACAUCUCGUCCAUGGCGCCUUAUCCACCCUAUUACUAUCCGCCAUAUCCUUAUCCGCUACCUGGCCAACCUGGUGCCUCCGUCUCCAGUCCGAGCACUGGCUCACCACCCGAAAACGUGCCUGCAUCAGCCUCUGCUUCAACGCACGAUGACACGAAUAACGAGAAUGCUUAUCCUCGUGAUCUCGACGACUUCCUCACGCUGUUCAGUAACAUGACUCCGUCAGAGCUAGAGCAAAUAUUUGCCAUGCCUGCGAUGGACUUGGCGUCAGCCAUGAAAACUGAUGAUGAGGCAGAAAUGGGUGCUGGCACAUCUUCAAGUGACGAUGUGAUGGAUGUUGACGAAAGGGAAAAAUUGUCAGCCUCGGCUACGACGCCGUCAAACGUGGAAAGUCCGUCGGGUGAUGCUGCAAUGCAGUCUGCUAUUGAGCAAGCGUUAUACUCGAUGGAUCCCUCACUACUUUCCAUCGACCCCGCUCUCGUAGCCCUUUCCUUCCCAUCAUCGUCUCAAUCCAAUGCACCUGAACCUUCCAAUCAUCCGCGAGAGACCUCACGACCCCCGCAAACCCCGCAAAUAUCCAUUCAAACCUCGCAAGCGAGUUCAAGGGAGAGUACAACUUCAAAUACUGGGGCCCCACCAACGCCUACACUCAUCGGGUCUCCACUAUCGCCUCGACCACUUUCUGAACCUGAUCAUGGUCCUCAGACGCCCGAUUGGGAUGGAUUGUUCGGUGAUGUGGAGAUUGUGAACGGUCCGGGUGAAGUUGAAGGGGACGGACACGGAGAAGGCACAGGUGGUGAGGGUGAGGGUAAAGAAGGAAUUCGGUUAGGUGCGUGUUCAACUAGAAAUGGUGCGAAGAAAAGUAUGUUGACGAAGCGCGUGCGCUUUGCAGACUCGGAGGGUAACGACAAGGGUAAAGGAAAGGAGGUGAUGAGAGAGGUCUCUCCUGAGCAGCAAGGAACUUUGGAAGACGGUCCUGUACGCCACGUUCAGGGUCAAGAGCAUGCGAGUGUACAACAGAUACCGGAAGGUCAGACGCAGCCAGUGUCCCAAACACCACCGUAUCUCCACUCUCCUUAUGCAUCGCAGUCACCUCCUUCGACAAGUUCAGGACCGGCGUCAUCAUAUCCAACCAACCCAAUAACCCCGCUCUUCACGGCUCCUUCUCUUCCGUACAAUCAAACACCUUUCGUACCUCCGUUCAAUCCAUACAACCCGCUAAACACCCUGGCUCAACUGAAUCCCCUCGCUGGGCAGUCAAAGACGAAGACACGGAAUAAAGAAGAUAUCCUUAGACGUGCGCGUGCGAUGAGAGCGCAGUUGGUCCAGGAGAUCGAGAGGGCGAAGGUAGAGUACUGGGAGACGACGAUGGAAGCAGGAUGUUUGGCGCUUUUAGCUAAAGAGAAGGGGUUAGAUGGCUCUGUAGGUGGAAGAGUGAUGGAAGUGGCUAGUAGGUGACAUGAGGGGAAUGGGUGUCAGUGUAGUGCUCUCUUUAUGCUCUUUUGUCAAACCUAUGAAAUAGUAAUGCUUAUUCUAUCAAUCUAUUCACCCCUUCAAAUUUUGAAGCAUGUCAUCUUGGAGUGAUGAGUAUGAAGUGUCACAGAAGAGCAAUAUAUUACAUGA